UGCCAUAGAACAGGAAAUAUUCGUUUCUGGAUACUUUGACUCCCUGAUGUCUUUCAAAACUGUCCUUCGAAUUUUGGUUUACGUCACUUUGAUCUUUUUCGUGUUCAACCACUGGAUCCUGAAAUUCGGCAAUGGCAAAGUACACCAGCGCUUCGAACCUGUUUCAGACAGGCAUACUGGAAAGACGAAAUCAUAUGAUAAGGUAACUCCGCAUCGGGCUCAAAUGACCUGCGACAAAUGGGUGGUGGUCACGACGACCUUCAAUUUGACCGACGCCGUGAAAGACCUACUGAAGAUGCCAAAGUGGUGUCUGGUACUGGUCAGUGACAAUAAGGGCCCCAUCACAGUAGUUCCGUCAUUUCCCAAUCUGAUCUUUCUAGACGUUGCCUGGCAAGAGCGCUGUCCGUACCAUAUCUGCCAGCAUAUUCCAUGGAAUCAUUUCAGUCGCAAAAACAUUGGCUUCAUGUACGCCGUGGCUAACGGGGCCAAGUGGAUCUACGACACCGACAAUGACAUCUUCCCGAAGUUUCCGGAGUCAGAGCCGCUUCUGGAUUCUUCGAUUGAAUUUGAUUUGAUACAGGUCGCCGGGCACGUGUACAAUCCCUACAUUCCUUAUAUCAAACCCAACACAACCUUUUGGCCGAGGGGGUUGCCACUGGAUAAAAUCAAGGAUUCAAACACGAAAAACAUGAAAGUGAUUGGUACCGUCAAGCCGGAAAAGAUCGCGGUGAUCAACUAUUUAGCCCAAACCUACCCCGACGUGGACGCCAUCUAUAGACUGACGCAGAAAAUUCCUUUUCAGUUCGAGAUGGUGGAGAAGUAUCACGCCCUACCGCAUUUCAUCAUGUCGCCCUAUAACGCCCAGGCAACGAUGCAUGCACAGUUCGCCUUCUGGGGUCUGCUCCUGCCGGCAAGUGUAGACGGGCGCGUGUCGGAUAUUUGGCGGUCAUAUUUUACGCAACGGUUAGUCUGGGACACCGACGGUCACAUCGCUUUCGGUCCGCCAUACGUCAAUCAAAUCCGUAACGCGCAUUCGUAUAUGGUUGAUUUUCACAAUGAAAUUGAUGUCUACUAUAAAACCAGCCGACUGAUCAACUUCCUGGUGAACUGGAUCCCGAAAACCGUUUCGUUGGCGCAGAACAUGAUCGAUCUUUACACAGAGCUCUACCAAAUCGAUAUUGUCGGGCGGACAGAUAUCGAUUUAGCCAUUGCCUGGAUACGUGAUUUGGAAUGUGUCGGCUAUACCUUUCCGCCAGUGAAAGUUGCGAAAGACUACGUGUAUUUAAUACAAGGCGCAAGCGUCACGAUGCUCGAUCAACUUGUGUCAAACUCAAAUCGGGAUGUUCUAUGGCUGACAUACUCGUCGGAGUCUGGCGAUUUAUACUGGCCUAAUAGCACGUGGACCACUGGGAGGAAUCUUCUGCUGGAACACGCCGUUGAACGUGGGAGUCGAAUGUCGAAGAAGGGCUAUAACUAUUUCAUCUUUCUCGACGACGACACUACAUUGUCGUUCAGUAAUGAUGGUCGUAGGUGGAAAAGUGAACGCGGUUGCAAUAGCGACGUUGUGUGGACGUGCUUUGAACAGUUCUUGGGCGCUCACGAGCCGGCAAUCAGCUAUCCAUAUUACACACUGCAAGGACAUCAUUUCUAUAACAAGACGUCACUCGUUAAUACAAACUACCAUUUUGAUGCAAUGAUGGUAGCAUAUCACCGUGAUACAUUAUCUUUCCUACUGCCCUACAGUACUGAGUUUGAAGCUCAAUCCUGGUGGGCAUCGAGUGUUAUCAAUAAUGGUCUGGCCAACAUGUUGUAUAGCUCAAGCAGGUAUCAGUACAAUGUUCUUCAUAGUGCCAAUUCGAGACCAGGUCAUAAGGGCAAUACUAAAUACAAGGUGGAUAACAACCGAUCCACUCAAUUACAAUUUCUGCUAUCGGCCCUUCUGCUAAUAGUCGAUGGAAAGCCGAAUCCGUUGUUGAACAGUACCUCGCCAAAUUUGCAAUGGAGGAUUCAUGGAAAGCCCAAUCUGAAGAAAAAUAAAACCUACACCGUGGACUACGCGUUCAUUAAGAAGUAUUUUAAGCUCGAUCAUAAGUUUACGCAAAGUAGACUGAACUGGCUUCAAAAAUCUGUGAUUAAAAGAAUUCUAUUCCGGGGCAAAGACGUAACCGAAUUUGACAAUUCAUUUAAUCCUGAUUAUUCCUAUCCAGUAUAA